AUAAUGCAUCACACGGAGUGAAGGGAAGAUGCGCACCUCUCCACCUCCCACACCCUCCCACGGUACGGCCGGUCAUUCUAAUACGCCGGUUAAUACAUGGAUAUGCGGCACGAAGGAUAAACUGUAACAAAGGGUCCGCGCGAUAUAUAAACUCUCCGGUGGAUCAUCUUCUCAGUUCGCCUCGCGUCUUCGGUCCUACAACAAUAUGAAUUGCCACCAGUUAGCCAAGUUGGUCCUGGUGCUGUCGUGCCUCGGCAGCGAUGUCCUCGCUGGUCUCUUGCCAGGCGGCGGUGUCGGAGGGUACCAGUAUAACCGACCUGGAGGCGGCGGAUUCGUCAGCGGCGGCAGCGGUGGAGGAUUCGUGAGUGGUGAUGCCGGCUUCGGAGGUGGCCGCGGCGGCAGUGACUUCGGCAUCGGCAGCUACAGAACUGGAAGACCCACCCAGGUUUAUGGUCCACCGGGCGGCGGAGGCAGCGACGCUUUUGGCAGGCCAGGUGCUGGGGGCGUGUUUGGAGGACCAUCAUCGUCCUACAGAUAUCCUCAAUUCGGUGACGGUGGUAGCGGUAGUUACCAGGACAGCGGCGCUGGAGGAUAUCAAGGAGGAUUCGGAUAUGGCGGGCGUGACUCUGGCAGGCCGCAGCCGUACAGUUUCCAAUACGAAGUCGUCGAUCCGCCGAGUGGUAACGAUUACGCUCAACGAGAAAGCAGCGACGGCAAUGUUGUUCAAGGUGAAUAUAGAGUCCUGUUACCGGACUCGAGGACGCAAAUCGUCCGCUACAUGGCUGAUGAUGUAAACGGAUACAACGCAGACGUUCAAUACGAGGGACAAGCUCAGUUCCCCCGCGGAGGCGGCCCGGGAGGAUAUCAAGGAGGUGGUUUCGGUGGCGGCUAUCAAGGAGCUAGAGGAGGUUACGGUGGGCCCGGAGGCAGUUUUGGUGGAGGCGGCUUUGUUGGAAGCGACGGAGCCAACAAUCAAUAUUUACCUCCACAUAACACUUAUCGCAAAUAAUCAACGUCCAACACGAGCUCUAUCUUGCCAAAAUAUGACAUAUAUCGCGCGCACUUUCGACGACAACCAUUACAGACCUCCCUCGUUUACGGCUUCUAUUCUGAGAUACUGCAACUCCAUUCCCUCUCUGCCCCUUUUCUACAUAUAUAU